AUGGCUAUAGUGAGUUUGAUCAAAAAAUGGUUUGCACAGUCCCAAACAGUGCAAGCCAUGAUAUUGAUUCAAGCUUUCGCAACCGGAAUGCAACUCCUCUCGAAAGUCGUUCUGACUCAAGGAACUUUCGUCUUCGCUUUGAUAACCUACCGUCACAUGAUUGCAGCAGUGUCUGUUGCUCCUUUUGCCUGCUAUUUCGAAAGAGGUGAAGAAAAGAAGUUCAGUGGGCUUUUGAUGAAUGUAUUCCCUCACAAGUAUUGGGCAACUAUGCUCACAUGUAUCAUAGCAGUAUUGCAAUCAGCUGUGUUGGGCUUGUGUUUAGAUACAAAUGCAGUUGCAUGGAGACUUGAUUGGAAUCUUCAGCUACUCACUAUUGUUUACUCGGGAGUGUUUGUUACGACUGUAACAUUUUGCUUACUCACUUGGGUGAUCUCAAAACCAGGGCUCACUUAUCCUUCUAUGUUCAACUCACUAAAUAUGAUUUUGGUAGCUGUAUUUGAAACUCUCUUCUUGGUGAAGCCAUCAGAAGUGGAACGUGAAGUUGAUGAAUGUAUUCCCUCACAAGUAUUGCAAUCAGCUGUGUUGGGCUUAUGUUUAGAAACAAGUGCAGCUGCGUGGAGACUUGACUGGGACCUUCAGCUACUCACUAUUGUUUACUCGGCACAUACUAAAAGUUGUGCCAAAUUUGGCUCAAAAUAUAGCAUGGGCCAAUUGGAGAUCGGUAUCACUACUACAUACAGAGACACAAUGACAACUUAUGCCACAAACUUUCUGAACUUAAUCCCAGUUGUCACGUUUAUCUUAUCUAUCUCUUUCAAAUUAGAGAAGGUGAAUGUGCAUACAAAGACAGGUGAAGUUGAUGAAUGUAUUCCCUCACAAGUAUUUCAAUCAGCUGUGUUGGGCUUAUGUUUAGAAACAAUUGCAGCUGCAUGGAGAAUUAACUCGGACCUUCAGUUACUCACUAUUGUUUACUCGAGACACAAUGGCAACCUAUGCUACAAACUUUCUGAACUUAAUCCUAGUUGUCACGUUUAUCUUAUCUAUCUCUUUCAGAUGAAGUUGAUGAAUGUAUUCCCUCACAAGUAUUGCAAUCAGCUAUGUUGGGCUUAUGUUUAG